CGUAAAAUUGUUUCAUCCCUAGCUAGAACAUAAUAGAUCAAGUGUGACACUAUAAAGAACAAUAAUUUAUAGCCGCCUGCCUAGAACAAGGAUGCCUUGUUUGACUUGCCAUCUUCCACCCCAUUUUUUUUUUUUUUUUGUUUAUUUAUAAAAAUAAAUACAAUUGCGGAAGAAAAACAGAACUAUCUUUCAAAGAUCAUCAACGCACCAUGGAAGAAGAAGGCACCCCAGAUAUCAUCAUCGUUGGCGCCGGUAUCUCCGGGCUUUCCACCGCUGUUGGACUACACAGGCUUGGGAUCAGAAGCAUGGUGCUGGAAUCUUCGGAGACACUGAGAGCGACAGGAUUUGCAUUUACCACUUGGUACAAUGCUUGGAAGGCCAUGGAAGCUCUCGGCGUUUCUCAGCAUAUUCGCAGUCUCCAUGAUCGUCUUCAAGGAUGGGUGGUUGGACCAAUUUCUGCAGGAAAUCCUCCCAAAGAGAUGCUGUUUCCAGAAUCCGAAGAAUACGAGUCUCGAUGCGUACAGAGGAAGCUGUUGUUAGAGGCUCUAGCAGGUGAGUUACCUGAAGAGUCUAUAAGAUUUUCGUCCAAGGUUGUUCAUAUCGAAUUGUCUGGACGCUACAAGAUGGUUCAUCUAUCUGACGGGACCAUUCUCAAAACCAAGGUUUUGGUAGGGUGCGAUGGAGUGUACUCGGUGGUUGGUAAGUGGCUAGGCUUCAAAAAUCUGGCUACAACUGCCCGGUUAGCAAUCCGAGGGCUCACACAUUUCCCGGAAGGCCAUGGAUUUGGGAAAAGGUUCUUCCAGUUUUGUGGAGAUGGUGUUCGUUCCGGUUUUAUCCCCUGUGACCACAAAAAUGUCUACUGGUUCUUAACCCACACCUCAACUGAUAUAGAUGAGGAGACAAAUCCGGAAAUCCUCAAAGAGUUUGUGCUGAACAAGAUCAAGGACUUGCCUGAAAACAUUAAGAAUGUGGUGGAGACCACGGAUCUUGAUAGCAUGGUGAUGUCUCGACUGAAGUACCGGCCUCCAUGGGAACUGCUAUGGUCAAACAUCACAAAAGACAAUGUGUGCGUUGCAGGGGAUGCACUUCACCCAAUGACUCCUGAUAUCGGACAAGGGGGUUGCUCAGCCAUGGAGGAUGGAGUUAUCCUCGCUCGUUGUCUAGGUGAAGCGAUAAAAGCAAAGAAUCAGAAAGGUGAAACAGAAGAAGAGAGUUAUAAGAGGAUAGAAGGAGGGUUGAAGAAGUAUGCAGGAGAAAGGAAAUGGAGAAGCAUUGAUCUGAUAACAACGGCAUAUACAGUAGGAUUCAUACAGCAGAGCAGAGGGAAGUGGAUGAACAUGCUGAGAGACAGGUUCUUGUCGUCUUACCUAUCUCGGACGUUGCUGAAAAAGUCUCAUUUCGAUUGCGGAAGCCUUGUCCCGUGAUUCUCAAUGAGCAAGCAGGGAUAAGUCAAAAGCUUGUGAUUCUCUUCUUGUCAUUAUCGCUCUUUUUUUUUCCAUAUAAUAAACGAAGUAUUAAUAAAGAGCCACAAGGCAUGGUUGAGUAGUGAACAA